CAGCCGCUGCUCGCGGGCGCGUGCACGCCGCUGAUUGGACGAGCGCGCUCGGACAGGGCACGCGGACAGAGCGUCGGUGCAAGAUAUCUCGCCCAGAGCUUUUACUUUGAUUUCUUUUCCUUUUACAACUUUUUCCCCAAAAAAGUAAACUUAAUUUUCAAUGAAAAACGACCGAGUUUGGCGCUUGUUUGACUGUGAAAAAUCCCACAUCCAGGUCUGUGCCUGCAUGGAUCCUUUUGAUGAACUUACUCUUCAUGGUUAGAACGACAGAAAGAUAAUCCAAUCAGCAGAUGUGAGAAACCAGCAAUGGAGCACUGAUUGGCUGCAUGUCAGGCCCGACAGUCCAAACCAGAGCAGCACAAAUCCGAUGCUGGCGUCUGAUUAAAGGGAAUGGGACGAACAGCAGACUGCCCAGUGAUCCUCCCUCCUUCACAUCAAAAAUUUGCUUUUACUGAUCAUGUAUAACAAAGCAAGGUCAACACACAAGUCAAGAUCAACCCUUAUGUCAUUUCUCACUUCAGGAGGGAUUUAUUCCCCCAUUUUUAUUUGUUAUAAACUUGUAUUUUUUUUUUGUCUUUGCACAAAUAUCAAAGCUGCUGCUCUCUGUUGUUUUGGGUAGUUUUUGUAUUUUUUAGUGGUAUGACUUUUGGUUCUGGGGUCAUUUUUUGACCAAGAGCCUUUAUUGUCGCAUAAACUGGUUAAACAAGGUAAUUCAACAGGGAUAUUUUUAUUUGCACUGUGUAUUUGCAUAACAGUUUUAAUUUAAUCUUCAUGAUUCAUUUAAAAGAUUUAGUGCAUGUUGUUGAUUUUUACAUUGCAUUUUAUUUCAUUCUGAUUAUCUUGUUCUCAAACAACAAUUUCUGCUGUCUUUGUCAAACAAUGAGGAUUUAAGAGAUCUAAAUCCACAGAAAUGUUGGCCCUUCAUGGCAGCCUAUUUUUUCAGUAAUUUGUCUAUCUUCUACCACCGCCAGCUUUCUCACCUGCACUCAAAUGCAGAAAACUUUAAAAAGGUGAUCUGUGUACUUACAUUUGCUUUAUAUUUGAAUUAAUCAAUUAAAACGUAAAAUUAUUGGUUUCUCUUGAGAUAGAUCAUAGUAAUCUUUCCUUGUUUUCUUCCCCACUUUUGUCAGGUGUUAAGUGAUUUCCCAGUCAUAAUGCAGUUUUGCAAUGAGGUACGUCCGUUCUGAGGUGUUGUCUCCUGCCGGUGAUCGUUAGAAGUAGAAAUCUAAACAUUAAUAUUUGCAGUAAAACAGUCAGUACAUUAAACAAGUUCACAAUGUCCACCAAACAGAUCUGUAGUCUUUUAGAAAGUAAAUGUGAAAUAGUGAAAGCAGUGACAUGAUCAAAUAGGGAAUGAUGACCAAUGUAUAACAGUUCAGUUGGGCUUUUACAGCAAAAGUGACCUUCCUACUUAUCAAUUUAUUAAAAUAGUUAAAGUGAGCUAUACUUUUAGUUUUUAUGGAUUCUAUUUACUUUUUUGUGAUGACAUGUCUAGUCUAAAACAGGACUUUCAUUCUACUGUGUCUUUUUUACCUCAUGCUAAUUCCAAGUGGAUGUAAACCUGGAAAUAUCUUUCAUUGUAAGACUUUGCAUGGUUUUUACUUCUGUUUUUCUGCAUGUUAUUUUCUGGAAUAGUUUGCUCAAACAAAAGUCAAAUAGGUUUUGUUUUGCACUUAUUUGCAUUGUUAUGAAAUGUAUGCCAUCAUAAGCUUAGUGAUCUUAAAAUGCUUCUAUUUGCAUUACCCAACUGCAAUGCAGUUUCAGUUUAUAUUCUUCAUCAAAUGAUGCCUGCUCAAAACCUCUAAACCUUCUUCUCAUUGGUUUAAGCUGAACAUAACCGACCCUGCAUGCUCUUGUGUUGCAUACUGAGGUCAGUUCUCCCCUGAAACACCCGGAAUGAACUUUCGCAUGAGCGCAAUCCCAAAAUAGAGACUCCUUGGCUUGCUUUUGACAACCUUCCCUUCAGAUUAUCUGAUUGUAUUUACUUCAAAGAUUGGGUCUACCAACAAAUAUAAUUACACAAGACUCUACUUUUUCUGUACAACUGAACAAUUACAUACUUUGGAGAACCAAACAACCGGUUGUGGAUGAUGAAUCAAAUGCCUGUUUGGAUUGGUUUUCUUUGUUUGGACCGCAAACAUCUCAUUUUUUAAGAAAGACUGGAGGACUUUGAGGGUAAAACCCCUGAAUAAACCUACUGACGAUACAUACCAAGCCACACUGAGAUAUACAGAGAUUUCACUUCAGAUGAUGGGAGCGGCACGUGUCAAACAUCGCUUCAGUGCUGUGGUGGAUGGGCCAGUGGAGGAGGAGGAAGUCAUGAGGCUAGCACAAAGUGCAAGGGCAGGAGACAGUCCAACCGGGUCAGGAAGCCCAACCAGCUCCUCUCCAAUCCAUGCCCUCAAUGGCAAAGCUCUACCUCUUCAGUGCAACACGAACAACGCACAGACGCAGAGUGCUGCCGGUGAGCCAGCUGGUGGAGAUGCGGGAGGAGAAAGCAGAGUGAGAGCAUUAGGAAUGUGUCCAGGUCCAAGGUAUACCAAAGGCGGUAGUGGAGGUGGGAGAGGGGAACGCCGUUCUUCAGCAGACCGGGACUCCCUGUCUUCCCCCUCCACUACCAGCCGGCGACGCACCAAGCGCUCAAACCGCCGGUCCCGACAACGCUUUGUGGGCAAGGACGGACGCUGCAACGUCACCUUCGUCAACAUGAGCGAGAGGGGCCAGCGGUACCUCACCGACCUUUUCACCACGUGUGUGGAUGCACGAUGGCGCUGGAUGCUGGUCAUCUUCACGCUCUCCUUUAUUCUUUCCUGGCUUCUCUUUGGCUUUGCCUUCUGGCUCAUUGCCUCUGCACACGGUGACCUCUCCAUUCAGAUCACCCCCAGUUCCGGUUCUUCUCCUGGGUCAGGAGAAUCCGGCUCCGGGGGAGAGUCUGAUAGAGAUACAGUGGUAGAGGAGCCAUGCUUCCUUCAAGUAAACAGCUUCAUGGCAGCCUUCCUGUUCUCUUUGGAGACGCAGACAUCCAUCGGUUACGGAUUCAGAAGCGUGACCGAAGAAUGUCCCCUGGCGGUGUUGGCGGUCGUUUUGCAGUGCAUCGUGGGCUGCAUUAUUGACGCCUUCAUCAUUGGGGCAGUCAUGGCGAAGAUUUCCAAGCCCAAGAAGCGCAACGAGACUCUGGUGUUCUCUGAUACUGCUGUGGUGGCCCUGAGAGACGGAAAACUGUGCAUGAUGUGGAGGGUGGGAAAUCUACGGAAGAGCCACCUGGUUGAGGCGCAUGUCAGAGCACAACUACUGAAGCCUAGGGUGACACCAGAGGGGGAGUAUCUGCCACUCGACAACGCAGACAUCAACGUGGGUUUUGAUACUGGCACCGACCGCAUCUUUUUGGUCUCUCCUGUGACUAUAGUGCACGAAAUCAAUGAAGAGUCACCUUUCUUCGAGAUAGACAAAAAAACCUUGAAAAAUGACUCUGAAUUGGAGGUGGUGGUCAUACUUGAGGGGAUGGUGGAGGCCACAUCGAUGACAACGCAGUGCCGCAGCUCCUAUCUGGCUUCUGAAAUCCUCUGGGGACACCGUUUUGAACCCGUACUGUUUGAGAGGAAAAACGGCUACCAGGUUGACUAUUCAUUUUUCCACCGGACCUAUGAAAUCCCAAACACUCCGUCAUGCAGUGCAAAAGAGCUGACUGAGCAGAGGUACAUCGGAAGCUCAUGCUCGUCCUUUUGUUACGAGAAUGAAGUGGCUGUGGAGCUCGCCUCCCCAGAUGAGGAAGCAGUUCGAGAACCAACCCACCCGAAGACCAUCCUUGGAAGAACAUCUUCACUGUAACUAAGCAUAGAGGGUAGCAGUCUGCUAAAGAGAGAAAAAGCCGAGCUUCAGGGGAUAACACGAAAAAGACAGAAUCAAGCAAGUUUAUUUGGACAGACCAAGAGAGAAGUGAAAAUCAACUAUUUCCGGAUUUGCUAGAUUUACAUGGGAACCCAGUGUUAAACACGAAAAAAAGAGGAAAAAGUUAGAGAAGGGUUUGGGGAGUUUGGUCACAGCUCUGACCUAGUUGCCUGAUUGGGCCUGGCAGUCUUUCAGAAUCAUUGAAAACUUGUUCAAGUCCCACAACUGGCCCAUCACUUCCACAGCCCAGUCAUCUGACUCGAAUCGCUGAUCAGAAGGAUGUGCAGCAGCUCCACCUGCUGGCUACAACUCGCCACUGCCUCUCAGUGAUUCUGAACUGGAAAAUAUUGCUUCUCUUUCAGCUGCUGUUGUGACAUUAAGUUUGUUGUUACUCAGGAAUGCAUUUUCAAAACUAUGCUGACUUAUCACUUCAGUGUUUCACUUUCCAAUGGUAAGUAUUGCUAGUGUCCUUUCUGUAAUGCUGGAGAAUGGGUACUUUGGUAUUUGAACAGAAAUCCUCAUUGCAGAACAAAAGUGACAAGGAGAAACUGUUGGGAACCAGCAGCAGUUUUCAACAGAUUCUCCUUGCUGAGUGUAGUGCAUGCUUUCUUCUUUUUUGUUUUGUUUUUUGUGGGAUUUUUAUUUUUAUUUAUUUUUUGACUUGCUAUAAUGUUAUUGACUUAUUUAAUACAUUUUGAGUUGAAAUUACUUAUUUGUUUUCAGGAGAAUCUGUGGUAAGGAAGCACAGCCAGACAGAUGAUAUUGACUUUGUCCAGAUAAUCUGUUAAUCUUGCACUUUUCUUGCUCUAAUAUCUUCAGAAUCCUGAUAUGUUUUAUGUCAACAAGAACAUCUUUUUGUUGUGAUUCUCAGUCAUUUUUUGGAAACUGUGCUGACUGAGCGAAGGUGUUAUAAAUUGUGAAGCGUUUCAGUCGCUGCUGGUGGUUCUGAAUUUGACACAAAAUGACUUCAAAAUCAGAAAACCUCAGAAAAUGUCUCGGUGACUCAGUUGAAUGGAGUGAGACAGAUUUUGUGAUGAUUGCAAGAUUUUGGUGUCUUGCUGUUUCUGCGUCUGUAAAAACCGUCUUUUAUUUGCACAAGUGGACUGAAACAUAUUUAUAAGAUAUUACUUUAUUUUAAUCUCAAUAAAUUGUGUAAAAGCUUUCUAAUUUAAAUAUAUUGCAGAUGGGUUCUCUGUGAAAACAUGGUGCCUUCAGAAAUGUAGCUACAGUCCCUUCAUCUGCAGCUGUUUAUUUCAUGCAUUGUGCUUGAAAGAAUAUUUUUACUAUACCCAUUUUUUUUUUCGAAAGGAUAAACUUUUGGUUAGUAAAAUUAUAUUCCCUGUUUCAAUGGUACUUGAAAGUUUGAAUUUCCAGUUUUCAAAACAAAAGAAAUGCUCUGGAAUGCCCUAUGAAGUUUGAACUUCUGAUUGGAAAGUGAGAGGUUUGGCUGCUCUGCAUGUCAGAUGUAGUGGAACAUGCAGAAAUAAUCAGUUUAUUUGCUUUUCUGUUAAGUCGGUCCUUCCCAUAGUAAGGCAUAAGAUCUAUUUUGGGAUUAUGAUGAAUGCUGCAUGGUGGAACAGUUGUUGCUUCCUACUGUAUUGUCCUACAGUAGGAAGCGUUGUGUUUGCAUGUUUUUCUUGAGCAUGUUUGGACUUUCUCCGGGUACUCCUGCUUCCUCCAUUCUCCAAAAAUAUGCAUAUUAUGUGUAAAUGGCUACCUUAACUUGUCCUUGGGAUUGAGCAUGUGUGCACAUGAUGGUUUCUGUUUCUGUUUUGCCGCUGGGAUAGACUGGUGACCAGUCCAGAUGCAGAAAUUUUACAGAAUAUUUUAUGAAGUUUUGUAAAAUGUUAUUGGCAGGUAGUGUUUAACCAGGGCUGUUAGUAAACUCCACUGGUUUUCUGCCUUAUGACAGGAAGAAUGCUACAUUUAAAAUUGGAGCCUUUGUUUGGGAAUUAUGUAACACCGAGUUAAUCUUGUUUUAUAGGAAGCUGGUAAACAGGCGAUGUUUUGCUUCUACCAGUCCUACAAGUCCGUUGUAUUGAAAUAUGCAAAUUAAUGCCACACAAUGUUGUGUGUGCCAUAGGUCAAUGAGAUCCAAACCAUCAGAAAUUCAAAUUUGCAAUUUAUUCCCGCAACUUAUACCAUGUCAAUAUGCAGAGCAGCCACAUUGACUCUGAUCUCUUACUCCCCAAUUCAAAACUAUGACUUCGGAGGGUGCUGUAUUUGAUAUUUAAUUGUUCUAACUUGUAACUUGGUAGUUCUGACUUCCUAGUUCAGGUGGAAUUGUUUGUGGUGUAAUUCCAGGCCCUGAUUUCAGAGGUAGUUGAAACACCAAUUUUUGCUAAUCCAUUCAGUGACUGAGCAGGUACACAAUGAGCACACAGUGAAUGUAUAAGAAGCUUUGUUUCCUCAUUAUACUACAGAAUAUAGAACAUGCACUUUCUAGUUAUUUUCAAAGCACUUUGAACUUUUGGGUGUGUUUUAUUCUUUUACAAGUUAAUGUGAAUCACACGGCCUAAGUUGUUAAAUGUUUUAAGAGUAAUGGAAGCAGCAUGUGAAGAGUUACCUAAAUUAGCCUGUCUAAUGCACAACCUGUAAUUUUGUUCUUUGAGUUUUGCACAAAACUAAAAUGGCCUAUGCAAUAGAUCUACUUGAUCUAUUGUUAUAUAAUAGAUCAAACUCUGCAAUGUCCCAGUAUUUUUGUAGAAUCAGAUGCCACGUCAUACAAGAGGCUUUGUAACGGCUGGAGGGACUGUGUUUUUAACUACUAACAUUUUAAUUGUUAACAUCAGUGUUAAUACUGUUCCAUGGUACUGUUUCCUUUCACUUUUCUUCUUCACUGCUUCCAUGUCCUAUUAAUAGUCUGCACAGUGGCUCGUGUUAUUCACCCUGCCUCCACUGCCACCAAAUGUAACUUGAGCCCAAAGCACCAUCACUUUCAUAGCAUCUUUUGAACUUCAGAAGAAACUGUGUUUGGUUGACCUUUACUUCUCACAAUACAGCUCAACACAUUUUAAUACUUUGUAGUAACUGCAUGAUAUGCUGUGACGCUAUCAUUAAAAAAAAAAAAAACUAAAUGGGCAAAAAGGUAAUCAUCAAAGGUUUCAAUGAAUUUUUUUUUCUGUUUUAAGAAUGGGGAUGCUCUAUUUUGCUUUGUAAUUUAGAGUGAUCUCAGGCACAGAUCACUUCCAAAUAAAACACAAUUGUUUUGUUGGACAAAUAAAAGAAACGGAUGCAACUGCAA